UGUUCUUGAAUUGAUUUGUUUCUAUAGUGGCUAAAGGAUGGAUGUUUCUCCUAAAACAAAACUUAACAAGCAGUCAGUAUGUAGUUACAAAAGCUUGAAUGAUUCAUCUCAGUUGGCUGACAGCUCAUUACCCAGUGGCGUCAUCUGUGACUUGAAUCAAAACUAUGGUGAGAGGAUACAGAUCCCGUUGAAAUAUUUGGCCUCUGGUAGCCCAGUGUUGCUCGACCAGUGCCCACCCAGUAUCAAAGAGAUGGACGAGGACCCCUCCAGUCAGGAUUUGCUCAGGGCUAUCUGUGCUAUACCAAUCAUCUUAGCCUUUGGUGUGACCUUUGCCUUGAUCCUGCAUCUUUACCUGGGGCACACUUUGGUGCCUGAAACAGGUGUUCUGGUGUCUGAUCAUGAGCACUGCACUGCACUCGGCCAGAAGGUCCUUCGUGAUUGUGGAAACAGUGUGGAUGCAGCCAUUGCUGCUGCCCUGUGUCUGGGCAUUGUACAUCCACAUGUGUCAGGUAUUGGUGGAGGUGGGGUGAUGCUGGUUCAUGACAUCCAUGAGAAUGAGACUAUGGUGAUAAAUUUUCAAGGAAUAGCACCUAAAGCACUCACAGAGGAAAUGCUGCAAAACGUGUUGGAGCUUAAGGCAGGUCUACAGGUAGGAGUGCCUGGUAUGCUCAGAGGGCUACACCAUGCUCACUAUCUGUAUGGAAGUUUACUAUGGGAGGAUGUGGUCACCAGAGCCGCAGCUGUAGCCAGAGAAGGUUUCAAUGUGUCUGUCAGUCUCGCUGAGGCUAUAUCAAAGGUAAAAGGUGAGCAGCUAUCGCAACAUUUCAGGGACGUGUUCCUCCCAGGAGGCCGAGCUCUGCAGCCUGGUGAUUUUCUGAAGACUCCUGGCCUGGCGGAAGUCCUAGAGGCCGGUCUGUCAAAGUUCUAUGAUGGGAACUUAUCACAGGAGAUAGUGGAUGAAGUGAGAGUAAAUGGAGGGGUCCUGAGCAGAGAGGACAUCCGUAACUACAGCAUAGAAGUAGAGCGACCUGUUGAAGGCCUGUAUAAUGAAUUUCUAAUUCAAGUUCCUCCUCCUCCGUCUGCUGGGGCAGCUUUGCUAUCAGCUGUCAACAUUUUAGAGAGCUUCCAUCUUAAUGAGAAUAAUUACACAGAAAAUCAAACCCACCAUUGGAUCACUGAGGCCCUGAAAGCUGCUUUAGCUAUGGCCAGUGGUUUGGGUGACUCUAAAUACAACUCUUCAGUGACUGAGCAGCUCUCAGACAUGCUGAGUAAGAGUCAUGCUGAUGGGCUUCGACAGAGGAUCAAUUACUCCUAUCCAUCUCCACCUGAGGGCUCCUCUGUCCACUCCCUCCAGGCAGAGCUGCCGGCUGGACAAGUGGUAGUCAUGGGACCAGAUGACCUCGUGGUGUCAGUGGCAAGUUCACUGAGCAGACCAUUCGGGAGCAGACUCAUGACUCCAUCAGGUGUUAUUCUCAACAGCCUCAUCCUUCUCUUCUCCUUGCCAAAUGCAACCAGAGGGCAACUCCAGACCAACCAGGGAGAAAUGGCUCAGCCAGGAAAGAGGCCCCUGUCAUCUCUCAUGCCCACAGUAGUGGUGCCAGCCUGGCAUCCAUGUGGGCUCCACAUGGCACUAAGCAGUAAAGGUGGACAGCGGAGCUUCAGUGCAGUCACCCAGGUGUUGAGCAGUGGACUGUCCCACCAAAAUGAGUGUGGUGGCUUUUCGCUGGAAGAAGUCCAUCCCCAAAUUCUUGUUGAUCCUGAGUUUCUAGAAGAGAGCGUGCAGUUUUGGAAUGAAAGCGGCCACGUGUUUCAGAGGAUGAAGACUCACUCUGUUGUCCUGGGGAUCCUGAGGAAGAACAAUAGCAUUCAAGCUAUAGCAAUACCUUUAUCUGAUGGUCCAUUAUAGUUCUCACGAGCUUGAUAUUUUCCAAGGACAUGGCAUUAAACUUGUUGUCUCACACUGUCUCAUGUAGACUACGUAUGGUGAUGGUUCUCCAGUGUUUGCCCUUCUGUUAUUGUGCUCACCAGCCAACAGAGGGCAGUCCUCUAAUACGUACACUCUGUUACAGAAGGUAAACUGUUUUCUUUUAAAGUCUUAAGAACCUAUUAAAGGAACAACCACAACUGA